CUGUUAGUCUUCUUCAAGGUAUAACAAAGUAUACUGUAUAGACCGCACAGUACGCUACGGUACGCUGUUAACAGCUUGAAAUGAAUAUAGAUCUAUAUAGCUUUCGGCUGUCUUCGGAAAUGGUAUCGUGUGGUUCCGAAUGUCAUUCUCAGCAUCCCGCUACUUAUUCGAAGCGUUUCUGCCAUUGUUUUUAUCUCGUAUUUAACAGUUUUCGUUCCGUUCAAUUUCAUCUUUCUUCAAUUUCAUCUUUCAUACACAUAUAAUUUUUGUACAAGUACCAGAGACAUGGAUUCAGAGGCUGCAAAUAAUAUUGUAAGUAUAGCUUUUAAAAAAUUUAAUAAUAUUGACAGAAACAAAUAUGACCAUGCGGUUCUUUCAGACCAAAGCGUGUGGUCCUUGUACUUAAUGCCAAAACAUGUUUCAGACUUUAUUUUAAAUUCCUGGAGUAGAAAACGAACGUUAAACAUGGCUUUUUACUUGAGAAAGUAAAUAUUUUAAAAGCUUUUUAGAAAUUCAUAUGGUACAUUUUACUAGACAUUUUCUUUUGUCGCCAUUAUCCCCACAGCUAUGUUUGACUCUAUGUCCAGAAUGUCUUAUUAGACCCUUCCAGAGAUUCAGAAUAUAUGACUGUACUAUACUUUUGAUCACAUUUAAUUGUUUGGUUAUUAUUUUUUUCGCUUUUUAUAUGAACAUUCAUGAUAGUUUUUCGGUUAUUAGUUAAACUCAGCUAAGGGGCAUAAUUCAGUGUUUUUAAACAAGAAAUAACGGGACAUUAAUUCAUUAUACUUUCAAUUCAAUUUUCUUUUUAUGCUAGAAACAUGAGAAAAGAAGUAGAGAAAUUAUUGACGAUGAAACCCUAACUCUUUUGGAAGAAGCCUGGAAUGAUGGAUUAAGAUCUACAAAAGAAAAGGAAAAGAUAAAAGCAUUAGGGGUUCAGUCUAAUCUUUCAACAGAAAAAAUUGAGGUGUGGAUUGGUAAUAGAAGAGCAAAGGAUAGGAGGGGUGGAGUGGCACCAGCAUAUAGUAAGAAGAAGGCAGCUGUAAGAGGACCAUCUGCAUACACUCUGUUUUCAAAGCAGUUUAAGCAAGAAGUCUCUUCAAAAUCAGAGCAUUUUAAAGAUGUUGCAAAAAAAUGGGGAGAACUUUCAGCAAUAGAUAAACAGAGGUUCCAAGAAGAAGCUAGGGGUAUCAGGAGCAGUGAGCUAAAAGGGAUGUCAGAAGAGGAGGCCAUUGCCCAUCAUUUCAAGCAAAUUGAAUGUUCGAUUACUAUCUUAGGAUCAAUGGGUUUUGAGUCCAUGAUGGUUGCCUCAAGAGAACAUGAGACUCCCCACUUGUUUGGAACCAACAAAGGACUGGAGUACAUUGGACAACCACAAGUACUCGAUAAUUUCAGGAAAUCAGUGUUUGGUAACACAGUGUACAUGAAACAGCCCAGCAAGAAAGGAAAGGGUGACUUGCGGACUGAAGUGAGACAGAUUUUAAAUUCUUGCUGGGAAAAGACCACUGGGGAAUCAAAGCCAAUACCAUAUUCCUCACUGCUGAAAGGUAAAAUUCAAUGGAAGCUAGAGGGACUUCCAGUACCUUUGAAAGAGCCCAGCAACUAUGGUAUUUGUGAUUUGAAGAAGAUAUUGGACAGCAAGGGAGAUAUUAAAUUUGUGAAGACACAAGCAAGCCAGAGUGAGCCAGGCAGUGCAGAGGAUAUUGUGGACUCUAUCAUUUCAGAUCCAUCAGCACUGGAACCUGUUCAUGAUUUAAGUGAUGGUAAUGAGUCAGUGACUUCAUCUGCAGAACAUCCUGGUCAAGAAAAAUCCAAAGGUGCAAACUCUGCUACAGAAGAACAAGCAGGUCCUGCAAUACCAAUAGAACUAGUUGAUGGUCUUAAUAACUUGUUGGGGUUGAAAAAAGAUGACGAAUCUGCAAUCAUCAGCUUAGGUAAAUUUGAGAAUGAUAUCACAAAGCGAAAGAUGACUGCUACAAAAGACAAUAAAGGGAAGGUAGCUGUUCCUCCAAAGAAAAAAAAGUCUAGUAUAGGAAAGAAAGAUUCAACAAAAUAUGAUAUUGAUUAUCUUGUUGAGGAUAGAGAUGGGAAAUUAGGCCAAGAGUUCCUCGUGCAUUGGAAAGGCUAUUCACCUAAUGAAAGAACAUGGGAACCUGUUGCAUCAUUACCACCAACUGCUUUGAGUUUCUAUUGGCAGAAGAAAUACAGCAACUAGAAAUAAAAACUUUGUAUAAAUUGAUUUAAAAAAAAGAAGAUGUGGUAUAAUUGCCAAUGAGACAACUCUUCACAAGAGACCAAAUGACACAGAAACUAAUAACUAUAGGUCACCGUACGGCCUUCAACAUUGAGCAAAACCAAUACUGCACAGUCAGUUAUAAAAGGCUUAAUAAUGAUUUGGAUAAUUCAGAUAGAUUAACUUGCAAAAUUUGUUUACGUUCCGUCAUGUUUGUUAUUGAAAAUGUAGACAGCACACUAAUAAUUUUCAAAAAAAUUAAUUUACCUGAUCAGUAUUACUACUCAAAUAUUAACUGAUGAUAAAUAUCAAAAUUGAAAGCUGGAUUACAAAUUACACGUUUCUUCUCAUAGCAUUGCAUAACUUACUGGAUUACCAGAAUGAUAAAAGUCUAUUAAUCAGCCAACCAGCUUAUGCAUUACAAUGUACCGACUAUAAAAUGUAGUCAGUUAUUCAUUUUGUGUUGGUGUUUCUUGCUGAAGCAUGAGUUUUUUUUUUAGCUGAUGAUCGUUCUAAAAUUAAUGUUAUGGAUAAAUUUUGAAAUUAACAGAGCUUCGUAAGAUGUUUUUAAGCAACUACUUUUUAUCGGUAUGCGUCAGUCACCAUUAUGCAAUAUUUUCUAAAAAUGGUUCUUGGUUGUAGGGAUAUUUUAAACGUUCCUCCCUACCCUACCACAUACAUUUUAAUAGUGUAUAAUGACGUCAAUUUAAGAAUUUUCUAACGUUUGAACGUGAAGUUUGCUUAACCCCACUUGCCCAUUCCGACAUUCUCCUAUUUGGAUUAUUUUCUGCUGUUGUUUUUUUAAUGUUUUUCAGGUAUAUGCUAAGUGGUGAUCAAGAAGACUGUAAACAGAUCAAGCCAGAGAUAAUGGUUUUCUGACUGAAUGGAGUAUCAAUUAUUGUAGAGGAUAUUUUUCUACUUGUCUAAAAUUACAGAGAUAUUGCAGUGGUUGUGUUCAGUUUAAAUUUUAACUGUUAUUAUGAUAACAAGUUUUCCUACAUGCUUUUGAGGAUGGAACAUUUUAUAAAUAUUGUGUUAUUUGAAUACUUGAUACUGAUUAGAAACAGACAUCUUCUAGUCAGUUGAUGUCUUUAUGGUGGACGUUUACUAAUUUAGAAAGGAGAAAACUUUAAUUUCUAGAAUUUCAUAUAUAUGUAUGCGUUUCCAAAGAAGGAUAUCUUUUUAAUGCAUUUAGAUAUCUUUCAAUGUUGGUUUGUAAUAUCUUUAAUAAAACAGUUGUCGCAGUACUCAUACAGAGGUGGGAUCUGGCAAGAUGAUGGGGGUCAUUACCCUUUACUUCUACGUUAGUCCAUAUGCUACAAUAGUUUACUGUGGUACCUUAGAAAAGUUGGGUUUUUUAUAAAUUGUUCUUAAACUAGAGCGUCCAUUUCAUUACUGGUACCAGUUUUGAAUUAUUUUAUCCUUCGAAUACCUGGGAAGCUUUAUUCAAGAUAUGGCCUAGUGUCAGUGUGGGGUCUUAUUUCCUUAGAGGAACUUUUGUUACUUCUGUUACCGGAAGAGCACCUACUUGCUUAUAAUAAAAAUUUCAGCAGUUUGUAUCGUCUUGCCAGACCUCGUUAACUGUUUCUAUCCUGCGGCAGAUUUUAUUCCUCAUA